AUGCCUCGGGGAGGCUCAUUCAUACUGAAGUACGGUGGGACACAUUCAGUUUUGCGCGGCAAGCUGCUGCUGGCAGGUGACCUUAAUGUUGUGGAGGACCCGACCCUGGACAGGUCCCCGACGGGGGGUUCGUCUGGGGAGAAUGCGAGGAUGCUGCAGUUGUUCGCUGGCCUGCACAUGAUGGACGCGUUUAGGUCGCUCAAUCCAAGCGGCCGUGAAUACACCUUCUAUGCGGGGGCGACGAAGUCGAGCUCCAGGAUUGACCGCAUCUUAGUAUCGGCGGAGCUGCUCCCCUCGGUUGUGGAGGCGGUCCACACCCGCUCACUGAGGGGCAUCUCGGAUCAUAAGUGUGGCGUCAAGGUGGUGCUGCAGGCGAACCUGAGACUUCAUAUGGGUCCAGGUAUCUGGCGGCUCCCAUCUGCAGAAACAGCGAAACCAGGGGUGGAGAAGGUGAUUAAGGCGGUUACUGAAAGGCACCAUGCGGAUGCCUCGCGCAGUUUUGGUGGCCUCCUCGCCAAGCUCAAGGCCGCGCUAAGGCGUUAUGCGGCGGAAGAACGGAAACGGGUGCGAGCAACUUUGCGUCACCUGGAGCUUGCAGUUUCUGACAUGCAGCAAGAACUGAUGAGAAAUCCCCGACGGGACGACCUCCGUGUGAAAUUGGCGGAGAAGGAAUCGCAGCUGGCGGCAUAUCUAAAAGGGGAGAAUGACAGGCUCCACCUCCUGGCGGGGGUGAAGGAGGAAGCAAAGGGUGAGAUUGCGUCGGGAGUGCUCUCGGCGAAAGUGAAGUCGAAGAAAUCGCGCACAAUGAUCACGGUUCUGUCCUCGCAAGGGGUGGAGCAGAGAGGCACGAGGGGCAUUCUGGAAGCCGCUUCCCGUUUCUAUGCGGACUUGUUCGCGGAGGCUCCUCUGUCGGGCUUGCCUUGCUGGAAGCCGGAUCCACUAAAAACAUUGCGAGAGCGGGAGAAAACGGAGUUAGAAGCGGACUGGACGGAAGACGAAGUAAGAAAGGCGUUGAAAGAGAUGGCGUGUGACAAGUCACCGGGUGGUGAUGGUCUUCCAAAAGAACUCUUCGAACGCCACUGGGACCUGCUGAAGGAUGACUUCAUGGGUUUUGUUAAGCAAUUUGAAUCCACGGCGGUUCUUCCGGAGGAAGUGCAGGAGGCGGUGACGGUCCUGCUGCACGAGAAAGGACCAAGAGAGCAGGUGCAGAAUUACCGACCGAUCACCUUGCUGUCAAGCUGUUACAAGGUGGUCGCGAAGCUGCUGGCCAACCGCAUGAAGCGUGUGCUGGGCGUGGUCAUCUCAGAGGAGCAGCACGGUUUCUUACCGGGCAGGCGGCUCUCGGAUGCCGUGUCGACGGUUGCCGACGUGAUAGAAGCUGCGAAUAACGACAGGGAAGACUGGUAUCUGCUGAUGAUCGAUUUUCAGAAGGCGUUUGACUCCGUGUCGAGGACGUUCCUGUUUGACACGAUGACGCUGAUGGGGUUCCCGAGCAAGUUUGUUCGAUGGUGUGAGGGGCUGCAUGACGGCUCUUUCACCCGCCUGCUUGUAAAUGGUUGGCUAGGUGAUCGGGUCGACGUCCGCAAGGGGGUUCGGCAGGGUUGUCCGCUGGCUCCUUACCUCUUCUUGUGCGCGGUGGAGCCGCUCUGCCAAGAAGCGAAACGCAGAAAGUUAGGGAUAUGUGACGACUAUGGCGACAGGCUGGCCUACCUGGGUUACGCGGACGACACGACGCUCGUGCUGAAGGGGAAGCGGCAGAUUAAGAAAGCAGAGGAGCUGCUGGAGGAGUUCGGUGCUCGCUCCGGCCUCCGGGUCAACAAAGAGAAAUCGGCGCUGCUCCCGGUGGGUGCUAACCUGAAUGAGGAAAAGAGUGAAGGGUCAGUUUUCACGUGGGUCGACCCAAAGGAAGCGGAAAGGUUGCUGGGAGUCUGGGUGUCCCCGUCUGGGAGCGCAGAGGUUACCUGGGACAAGGCGCUGUCAAGGGCAGCGGAGGAGCUGGUGAAGUGGCAGUCUCACCACUUAACGACGACGGCGAGGGUGGCGGUUGUUAACGCCUAUGUUUGCCCGAUCUUGGCGUUCCAGGGGCAGGUCUACCCCCCGUCGGACGGAGUAUGGAGGCGGAUUAUGAAGCUUCUGGUUAACUUCAUCUCUGGCAACAAAGCGUCGACGGAGCGCCACUUCACGCUCUGGAGCAGGGAGCUGAUUUUCAGGCCUCGGAAGGACGGUGGGCUGGGGGUGCGCGAUCCCUUCGAUGAGCUCAGUGGCCUGGCCGCCAGGAGAGUGGGAAAGCUGGUCUUGGUCAGAAGAGGCGUGCGCAGUUGGCUGGCGACGAAGGCGGCUGACCUCCCUGCUGGUUUCCGAUCCUUCUGGGCACACCCGGAAUACCUGAAAGCAUGGGAGGGCAAGAGCGUCAGGUGGAAGCAGACCUGCGAAAUGUUUAUGCGGUCGAGCGUUGCAAAGAAGGGUCCGGUCUCGCGCUGGGAUAUCGCGCAAGAGCCACUGGUGUACAAUCGGCAGAUCUUGCCGAAUGGAAAGAAGCCACUCGGACGGCAGGAAGCGGCAAAUGGGCUGGAGCUUCUGAAGCUUGGUGAUUUCGUCGGCCGAGCGGAAGAUGGUGCCUUCUUUUUCAAGGAGGAGAAGCUGCUGGCGAAGGAAUUGGGUACGCUUAAAAAAGCGAGAAAGGCGCUCAGAGCUUUCGCUAGUGUCCCAGAAGCCUGGAAGGAGAAGCUGAUAGCGCCGAUCACCGGGGAAGAGUUUCUGGCGGAGUCGGUCUUCGUGAAGAAGAAAGGCCUAGUGGGGGUUUGGAAAGCUGAGAAGGUGGUGCAAGGCGGCCUUGCCUGCCGAGCAUGCGACUGUUUCGCUGUACCCCUGGUGGGAGGGGCGGAGAUAUCUGCGGUUCUCGCCCUGGACAAGGUGGAGCCGGUGAUGGUGAGAGGCGGAAGAGUGAUUGGGGCGGGUGGUCUGCCCGAGCUCGCAUUCACUCCUGAUUUUUCCUCUCUUCCUGCUAAGGAGAUCUUUCCCCUCCCUUGCUCCCUUCACCCUUUCCCUAGCCGUAGCGCGAAGCGUGCAGCCAUGGCGCUGUCACAGAGGGAGGCGGAUAUUCAGAUGAUGCUCGCGGCGAAGGUGCACCUGGGCACCAAGAACUGCAACUACCAGAUGGAGCGCUACGUCUGGAAGCGCGGCGCGGACGGUGUGUUCAUCAUCAACCUGGCCAAGACGUGGGACAAGCUGCAGAUGGCGGCGCGCGUGAUUGUCGCGAUCGAGAACCCGCAGGACAUUUGCGUGCAGUCGGCGCGGCCGUACGGGCAGCGCGCCGUGCUCAAGUUCGCGCAGUACACGGGCGCCAACGCCAUCGCGGGCCGCCACACCCCCGGAACCUUCACCAACCAGCUGCAGAACAACUUCAGCGAGCCGCGCCUGCUCGUCCUCACCGACCCGCGCGUUGACCACCAGCCCGCGGCCGAGGCGGCGCUGAGCAACAUCCCCACUAUUGCGUUCUGCGAUACGGACAGCCCGAUGCGGUACGUGGACCUGGGCAUCCCCGCCAACAACCGCGCGAAGCACUCCAUCGGGUGUCUCUACUGGCUGCUCGCGCGCAUGGUGCUGCAGAUGCGCGGCUCCAUCCUGCCCAGCCAGCCCUGGGACGUGAUGGUGGACCUGUUCUUCUACCGCGACCCUGAGGAGACCAAGGAAGAGCAGCCGGAGGAGGGCGUUGCGGCGGAGUUCGGAGCGGUUGAGUUCGGUGCCGUGCCCCAGAUCGCGGAGGGGCAAUGGGAUGCUGCCGCUCCCACUGGUGACUGGGACGCUGCUGCUGCCGCCCCUGCUGGUGCUGUGCCGGCUGUUGCUGGUGGCUGGGAUGCUGCUGCUCCCCCUGCUGCGGGUGCUCCUGCUGCGGUGUCGUCAGGCUGGGAUGCAGCUGCUGCCCCCGUGCCUGGUGUGCCCGGGGCUGGCUGGGACGCUGCUGCCCCCGGUGGCUGGGAGGCUGCCCCUCCCCAGUAA